GCGGGCUGGUGUUACGCUGGUCUGUGGGGUUCUGUCUGCCUUUGGCGAUCGCACCAGAAACCUUUAGGUUUCGAAGGUGGUGCUGGGUCGUCGUCGGCACACCGGCUAGACGAGGCGAGGAGGGUGAGGAGAGAGCGGGAGAACGUUGGGGAGAACCGGCGGAAGCAGUAGCAGUUCCAGUGGUAGCAGGAGGAGGAGCAGCAGCAGUGGAAGCAGAAGCAGAAGGUCCAGCAACCUCCAGCAGCCGGAAGGGGAGGAGCAGCAGCAACGGCAAGGCGAAGAGCGAAGAUGAUGGACGCGCAGACGAAGUUGUCGAUGAGCUUGGACGAUCUUGCGGCGAGCGGUGGGCGUCGGAUGCAGAAUGGUGUAGUAGCGAGGCGAGCGCUGAGGCGGCCAGCGCCCUACGGCAUCGCCACCGCAUUCCGCGGUGCGUCGGGAGCUGCGGUUCGACCGCGCGGGCCAGGGAGGCUUCCCGCCGAGCUGUGUAACAACUGCAAACGACCCGGACAUUUCGCUCGCGAAUGCCCUAAUCAAGUUGUGUGCAAUAACUGCGGUCUUUCUGGCCAUCUUGCGUCCGCCUGCACCAACGAACCAGUGUGCAGGAACUGUAAGCAGCAAGGACACAUAGCGGGUCAAUGUCGGAACGAAGCUGUGUGCAACAUCUGUGGGAGGGCAGGCCACAUAGCUCGUGGCUGCCUGGCGAUGGAUCAUCGAGACUCGUACGGCGUGCCAAGGUCGCAUCUCUGCAACAACUGUUUCAAGGCCGGGCACAUCGCCGUCGAUUGCCCCAACGAGACGGCGUGCAACAACUGUCGAAUGCCAGGGCACUUGGCGCGCGAUUGUACCGACAGUCCUGUGUGUAACGUCUGUAGCGAGCGCGGGCACAUCGCCAGAGAGUGUCCGCGGAACAUGACUCAACCGAUGCUUUAUCGCGGUGGCAUGCCUGGUGGCGGCGCAGUUGGCAGUUUUCUUGGCAACAUGGGCCCCGUGCCUCCGCCCGACGUCGUAUGCCACAAUUGCAAAGUGAUUGGGCAUUUCGCAAAGGAUUGUACGCAGCUCACCGUCUGCAAUAACUGCGGAGGUAGAGGGCACUUGGCCAUCGAGUGUCCUUCCGAGCUGUCCGUGCGUUCUCGCCGCAUGCGCUGAAGUGAAUAUGUUCCCCCACUGAGGAGAGACAGGGGGACGGCCACAAGCCGCACUCAAUGUUCUGACGAGGUCGAAGAGGCCGCCGCUCUGCCGCUGAGAUGUCAUGCGAACGGCCAAGAAUCGUUUGCAAGCGAAUGAGCGCGAGCGGAGGGGGAGGGAGAGACCCCCCUGAGAUAUCAUGCGAACGGCCAAGAAUCGUUUGCAAGCGAAUGAGCGCGAGCGGAGGGGGAGGGAGAGAGUUGCAGGAGACAUGGUGAAGAGAACGCAGAAUAGCAUGAGGAGACUACGCCCCUGCGUGCGGGGUCUUCUACACACUUCUUAAGACGAGGAGGUAGAAAUAGAGAAGCAAGCCAGGCGGUCAGUGACGAGAGAGGUGAGCGGAAAACUAAGGACAGUGCGAAAUGAGGAUGUCUCUGAGCAACGGGAGUGCAGCUGGGAAGCUGCAGCUCCCUGGGGCUGAUUGCCAGUUUCCUUUUUCCUUUUUGUAUUAUAUAGAUAGAUAGAAGGAUCGUUAGCAAUAAAUGGGGGGAGGGUAGUUACUCCGAGAGGGGGCUCUCAGUGCAGGAGUGUCCCGGGGGAGUAAGUUUUGCUGCCGCUCUGCCGUUAAGGACUAAGCGGGUAAAAGGCGCUAUCAUUGCGUAUGAAAGGUUCUUGCUUCUGCGUGGGUUUUAGAGUGAUGAAGAGAGAAAGAGUUCGCCUACGCGUAGUACAAGAAUGUCUGGGUGACGAAACCGGAGACUCUACGGGACUAAGCAGCAUGAUAAUGGGAAGGCCAUCUCGAAGUUAAUCGCACUCUUCACGUGCUGUUUCGCGUUCGUCGUUGGAUUUGUUGAAGCCUGAUUCUGAUCGAUGAUUCAGAUUCUUUUGGAGGCUGCUGUCUUCAGAGAUAAUACUGGAGUUCCCCGCGUAGAAAGGCACGCGACCGAAGUAAGAGAUAAAGAGGAACCUUGAGGUAAGUGUUUGCAGGGUCUGUUGACUGGGCGAGGGAUUUCUUUGUUCGUCCCUUCCCCCUCCACUUCUGCGCUUAUUGUUCGUCGGUUCGGGAAGAAGAGCGUGGCUGCGCAUUAUGUGGGCCCAGCAGGAAGUGAGAGAUAGAAGUGGACGUCCGUCUCUCGUUUCUUUAAACCUGCCUUCGUCUCUAAAGAUGGCAGUGAGCUGCUCUACGGAGAUGCAGAAGGGCCUUGUUCCGUUUCCGUUGGUGGAUCGCUCGUGGGCAGCCCGUCGUCAAUUGCGUAACGUGGAAGUGAAAGCGGGUUUCUGUUCCGCAAAAGGACACUCGCUUGGAGGUUUUUCCACCAGAAGGGCCUCGUUGGAAACCGCCGCUAUGUGUGUACCGCCCACCCGUCUAGGUGUUACGGAGUUGGUUUGGCAACCGCUCUGUGACAGGAGGGAGGGGGCAGAGGCGGGUGGACGUGACCGAAGAUAACAGCUGAGAAGAGGGAGGGAUGCGAAGGCGACGGGAUUUGGGUGGUCGCGGAUGGAAGUUACAGCUGAGCAGAGCUGAGAGCGAAGAUGGGAGAAAGGUGAUGUUUGGGUCGUGGGGGAAGGUAGGGAUGGUGGCCGGAGCUGGCGGCGUAGGUGGAAGUUAGAGGCGACGAUUCGCGGUGGAGCCGGUGGGAUUAUAAAUGUCUGGUGAAUGUCGAAUAUGCGAAACUUUGCGAGAAGAUGGGUGAUGGAAUUAGGCGUUGAGAGGGGGAAAAGGGAUGUUGUGUCACUCAGGAAUGUGUCAGAAGUGGAACCUUCGUUUUUUGUCUGCUCCCACACGACGUUGCUCAUAUUUUUGUUCGUGAAUCUUGGAUCUUUGGGUUUGCGUUUUAAUCUAUUUGUAUCUGGUCU